AUGCACUACUGUGUGCUGAGCGUUUUUCUGCUCCUGCAUCUGGUCACGGUUGCGCUCAGCCUGUCUACCUGCAGCACGCUCGAUAUGGAGCAGUUCAUGCGCAAGAGGGUCGAGGCGAUCCGCGGGCAGAUCCUCAGCAAGCUGAAGCUCACCAGCCCCCCAGAAGAGUAUCCUGAGCCUGAGGAAGUCCCCCCGGAGGUGAUUUCCAUCUACAACAGCACCAGGGACUUGCUCCAGGAGAAGGCGAGCCGGAGGGCGGCCGCCUGCGAGCGCGAGCGGAGCGACGAGGAGUACUACGCCAAGGAGGUUUACAAAAUAGACAUGCCGCCCUUCUUCCCCUCCGAAACUGUCUGCCCAGUUGUUACAACACCCUCUGGCUCAGUGGGCAGCUUGUGCACCAGACAGUCCCAGGUGCUCUGUGGGUACCUUGAUGCCAUCCCGCCCACUUUCUACAGACCCUACUUCAGAAUUGUUCGAUUUGACGUCUCAGCCUUGGAGAAGAAUGCUUCCAAUUUGGUGAAAGCAGAGUUCAGAGUCUUUCGUAUGCAGAACCCAAAAGCCAGAGUGCCUGAACAACGGAUUGAGCUGUAUCAGAUUCUCAAAUCCAAAGAUUUAACGUCUCCAACUCAGCGCUACAUAGACAGCAAAGUCGUGAAAACGCGAGCAGAGGGCGAGUGGCUGUCCUUUGAUGUGACUGAUGCUGUCCACGAAUGGCUUCACCAUAAAGACAGGAACCUGGGAUUUAAGAUAAGUUUACAUUGUCCCUGCUGUACUUUUGUACCAUCAAAUAAUUACAUCAUUCCAAAUAAAAGCGAAGAAUUAGAAGCAAGAUUUGCAGGUAUUGAUGGCACCUCCACAUAUACCAGUGGUGAUCAGAAAACUAUAAAGUCCACUAGGAAAAAAAACAGUGGGAAGACCCCACAUCUCCUGCUAAUGUUGUUGCCCUCCUACAGACUUGAGUCACAACAGAGCAACCGGCGGAAGAAGCGUGCUUUGGACGAGGCCUAUUGCUUUAGAAAUGUGCAGGAUAAUUGCUGUGUACGUCCACUUUACAUUGAUUUCAAGAAAGAUCUUGGGUGGAAGUGGAUCCAUCAGCCUCGAGGCUACCAAGCUAACUUCUGUGCUGGAGCAUGCCCCUACUUAUGGAGCUCAGACACUCAGCAUUCUAAGAUUCUCGGCUUAUAUCACAACUUAAAUCCAGAGGCAUCUGCGGCUCCUUGCUGCGUGCCCCAAGAUUUAGAACCACUCACCAUUCUCUACUAUAUCGGCAAAACCCCCAAAAUCGAACAUCUUUCCAACAUGAUCGUGAAGUCUUGCAAAUGCAGCUAA